AUGACCAGUGUGCGUCUUCUCUCUGCAGACUCUUUCAGUGUGAGGCUGGUGGGAGGAGCCAGUCGCUGUGAGGGGGAGCUGGAGUUUCAGAGAUUGUGCUCGGUGCUAGACUGUGGCACUGCUCUGUCUGUGGAGGGUAAAACAGGCCCAGAGAGAAAAGUCAUGACUGUUUCUCGUGACUGUGAAGAAACAUCUCUGAGCAGCUGCUUUAGGACUGGAACAUCUCCCUCAGACAAAAGUCUGCAGCUCAAGUGUUCAGACUCGGUGCGGUUGGUCUCGGGGUCCGGUCUGUGUUCAGGAUCAGUGCAGAUCUGGGACGGGUCCUGGACCGGGGUCUGUGACGGGGACUUGGACCAGCGGGGGGCAGAGGUGCUGUGCAGGGAGCUGGGCUGUGGGGCUCCUUCUCUCCUCCAGGGGGCGCUCUCUCCUCUGGGGCAGACGUUCCACUGUGAGGGCCAUGAGUCUGCUCUGAUGGACUGUCCCCGCUCCAACUCAAGGACCUGCUCCUCUGGAGCCACUGUCAACCUCACCUGCUCAGAGCUCAGGCUGGUGGGAGGAGCCAGUCGCUGUGCUGGGACUGUGGAGGUGAGUCUCAGAGGAGAGUGGAGACGAGUGGAGGGACGCUUUGGAUUCUGGGACCAGGAGGCUGCAGCUGCUGUGUGCAGAGCCCUGGACUGUGGCUCUGCUCUUUAUGGAGAACAUAGAGAUGAUUUUCCACACCGUCCUGUGUGGUUGGUCUUAUCUGACUGUGUGAAGAAGUCUUCAGUGACAGGAUGUGUCUUUGGUACAGACUUGUCUUCCUCGGGUCUGAAGGUGACGUGUUCAGACUCGGUGCGGUUGGUCUCGGGGUCCGGUCUGUGUUCAGGAUCAGUGCAGAUCUGGGACGGGUCCUGGACCGGGGUCUGUGACGGGGACUUGGACCAGCGGGGGGCAGAGGUGCUGUGCAGGGAGCUGGGCUGUGGGGCUCCUUCUCUCCUCCAGGGGGCGCUCUCUCCUCUGGGACAGACGUUCUACUGUGAGGGCCAUGAGUCUGCUCUGAUGGACUGUCCCCGCUCCAACUCAAGGACCUGCUCCUCUGGAGCCACUGUCAACCUCAUCUGCUCAGAGCUCAGGCUGGUGGGAGGAGCCAGUCGCUGUGCUGGGACUGUGGAGGUGAGUCUCAGAGGAGAGUGGAGACGGGUGGAGGGACGCUUUGGAUUCUGGGACCAGGAGGACACAGCUGCUGUGUGCAGAGCCCUGGACUGUGGCUCUGCUCUUCAUGGAGAACGUAGAGAUGAUUUUCCACACCGUCCUGUGUGGGAGAUCUCCUUUGACUGUGUGAAGAAGUCUUCAGUGAGAGGAUGUGUCUUUGGUUCCUCCUCCUCCUCUUCCUGGGGGGUGGAGGUGACGUGUUCAGACUCGGUGCGGUUGGUCUCGGGGUCCGGUCUGUGUUCAGGAUCAGUGCAGAUCUGGGACGGGUCCUGGACCGGGGUCUGUGACGGGGACUUGGACCAGCGGGGGGCAGAGGUGCUGUGCAGGGAGCUGGGCUGUGGGGCUCCUUCUCUCCUCCAGGGGGCGCUCUCUCCUCUGGGGCAGACGUUCCACUGUGAGGGCCAUGAGUCUGCUCUGAUGGACUGUCCCCGCUCCAACUCAAGGACCUGCUCCUCUGGAGCCACUGUCAACCUCACCUGCUCAGAGCUCAGGCUGGUGGGAGGAGCCAGUCGCUGUGCUGGGACUGUGGAGGUGAGUCUCAGAGGAGAGUGGAGACGGGUGGACUUGCCCUUUAGGCACUGGGACCAGGAGGCUGCAGCUGCUGUGUGCAGAGCCCUGGACUGUGGCUCUGCUCUUCACGGAGAACGUAGAGAUGAUUUUCCACACCGUCCUGUGUGGUUGGUCUUAUCUGACUGUGUGAAGAAGUCUUCAGUGAGAGGAUGUGUCUUUGGUUCCUCCUCCUCCUCUUCCUGGGGUGUGGAGGUGACGUGUUCAGACUUACUCAAUCGUCCAAUCAUCUCUGUGUCUGUGUUUGACGGGGCGUCUGAGCUCCAGCCUCAGGGGGUGCGGGUGCAGCUGGGCUCAAAGUUCAGGGUCAAAUGUUCCGUGGAGCCACAGUACCCAGGAGGCUCCUUCCGGCUCCUCUCUCCCGCCGCGCCCCCCGAUCAGAACCGCACCCUGCCCGCCGUCAAUCACUCCGCCCACUUCCUGUUCUCUGACACUGGCCACGCCCACGAAGGAAACUACACCUGUGUUUACCUCCUGCAGGUGUUCAACCACAGCCUCUCCUCUCAGAGCCACACACUCCAGCUCUCUGUGGGAGAGUCAGACUCAGACUUGAUCAUCAGAGUCGUGAUCAUUCUUCUGUUGAAGCUCCUGUACAUCCUCCCAAUGUCCUACUGCUACUGCAAGCACCAUGAAAAGGUUCUUUUGUGCUUCAAGCACAGAAGAACCUCUGUGUCCUCUGCUCUUCUGCUCCUGACACAGCAGGAGGCGCCAGUGUGCAGACAACAGGGCUCUGAUGGGACAUGGGGCUGGAGAGGAUCAGACAAAUAA